AUGGCCAGCGAAAUCACCGACCACGAGCAGCAGCAGUCGCCCUCUGCCACUGACGACGUCGCCAACAACGGCAACGGCGCUCUUGCCCAGGCCGACCCCAAUCGCGGCACCAAGCGCCCGCGUCCUGCCGCCGACGAUGACGAUGACGACGACGACAAGCCCGGUCGCGAGAGAAGGAAGAUUGAGAUCAAGUUCAUCCAGGACAAGUCGCGCCGCCACAUCACCUUCUCAAAGCGCAAGGCUGGCAUCAUGAAGAAGGCCUACGAGCUUUCCGUCCUCACCGGCACGCAGGUGCUGCUGCUCGUCGUCUCCGAGACCGGCCUCGUCUACACCUUCACCACCCCGAAGCUGCAGCCGCUCGUCACCAAGCCCGAGGGCAAGAACCUCAUCCAGGCCUGCCUCAAUGCGCCAGAGCCCGCGACCAACGAGAACGGCGUGGACGGCGACAACGUCGGCGACUCGCCCGAGGACCAGCACAACCAGGUGCCCCGCGGUGCUCCCGGCAUGCCUCCUGCGCCCGGCAUGCCCGGUGGCUACAUGACGCCCGAGCAGGCUCAGGCCAUGCAGUACCAGAACUACCUGCAGCAGCAGUCGCACAACGCACAGUACCCUGGUAUGGCGCCGCAGGCGGGCAUGCCCAGGCACCCGCAACAGUAUCCGCCGGACCAGAAGCUGGCGUAA